AUGGCUGAAGAAGAAGAGAUGCCUCAGAGGAUGACAAAUGUAGAGCUUGCAAAGUUGGUAAGAGAACAAAUAGUAGAAAAUAGAAGGAUGAAAGAAGAGAUGGAAAGAUUGAGGAACUUGGUAGAUAAAGGAGGAGAGGAAGAGCAUGAAGAAGAAGAAACACCAAGAGAAGAGAGGUUGGAUCCUGAAGAAGCAAGGAUGGCAAAGUUGCUCAAAGCAGUCAAAAGUGGAGACUCAAAGACAAGAACUGAUCUACCAAUGUAUGAAGGUAAGAUGGAUGAUGAAAUUUUACUUGAUUGGUUUAGUGCUCUUGAAAAUUACUUUGAUUGUGAAGAUGUAGAAGAUAAGUACAAGGUUAAGAUUGCUAAGUCUAAGAUGAAGGGCCAUGCAUUGUUGUGGUGGGAUAACUUGCAGGCAGAUAGAGGAAAGAAAGGAUUGCCUAAGAUCACCUCAUGGCCAAGGAUGAUGGACAAGAUGAAGGAAAAGUUCCUUCCAGAUGAUUAUAAGGUGCAAUUGUACAAAAAGAUGCAAGGGCUGAAGCAAAAGGACAUGGAUGUUCAAAAGUAUACUGAAGAAUUUCACAAGUUAGAUAUCAGGGCAGCACAUGAUGAAGAUGUGGAAGAGAAGGUAGCAAGGUAUUCUAGGGGUUUGAGGUAUAAUAUCCAGGAUGAAAUGACAAUGGCUACACCAAAAACUUUAGAAGAAUGUUACAAACUAGCCAUGAAGGCUGAGGACAAGUUGAAGAGAAGACAAGAAAGGCAAGGUGGUAGAAGAGGACAAACAAAUAGAGGUAGAGGAGGAAGAUUCCAAGAGAGUCAAGAACCAAAUGACAAGGGUAAGGAACAAGUUGCAGAUCAGAAGAAUGGACAAAGAGGAGGUCGCAGAUUUGGGGCAGGAAGAAGCUUCCAAGGAAAGUGCUACCAGUGUGGGGAGGAAGGACAUCCUUUCUACAAGUGUCCAGAGAAAGAGAACUAUGUAAAGAAGACUGAUAAAAGAGUGAAUUUGACACAAGGGGAAGACUACAAACAACAAGAUGAGGAAGAAGGAACCUCAAAGGCAUAUCCUGAAGUUGGAGAGUGUCUCAUGAUGGGGAAAGCACCUAUGCAACAGCAAGAGAAGCCCAAGGUAUCAAUCUUUAGGACCAAUUGUAAAAGUCAUGGUAAAGUUUGUAGGAUGAUUAUAGAUUCUGGUUCUUUUGAUAAUUUGGUGUCUUAUGAAAUGGUAAACAAAUGGAAGUUACAAAAAUUUCCUCUUGAUAGACCAUAUAGGGCAUCUUGGGUCAGCAAUGAAGAAAACAUUGUCAUUAGGGAACAAACUUAUGUUGAUUUCUCCAUUGGGGGAUAUAGUGAUAGAGUUUUAUGUGAUGUGGUUCCUAUGACAUGUCGUCAUAUCAUUCUUGGGAGACCAUGGCAAGUGUCUCAUAGAACAAUCCAUUAUGGUUUUGAAAAUGUGUAUAAGGUGCAUAAGGAUGGAAAAUCUUUCACUCUUCAGCCCCUUCCUAAUGAUGUUAAUGAAGGAGAAAGGAUAAUAGUUUUUGGCACAAAGACAUACGUUGAUUUGCAGGGGCAGAAGAUGCAUGAGUCAGAGGUAUCAGACCUGAAGCAAAAAUCCUCAUUAUUGAUUGUGAAAACUGAAGUUCUUGACAGCAAAUGCAAGAGGACUAUGGGGCAGUAG